UCAAAAAAUCAAGCUUGAGCUUUUCUUCUUCUUCUUCUUCGUGUCUGGACUGGAUCAAUAGUUGGUUGAGGCAACAACGGUGAUGUCGAAGGAGAAAUACGAGGCUGUACGGCAGCAGAGGCUGGAAGAAAACAGGAAGAGAAUGGAACAACUUCAUCUCCCUCUUCUCUCUCAAGCCCUCAGAGACAGAGAUUCCUCUUCUCCCAAAUCCACCCCGAUGAAGAGGGGGCCGAAGCCCCGCGCGGCGAGGAAAGAGGUGAUGCUCCCCGUGAGAAGGUCCCAGAGAUUUACCAACAAAUCUGCAACUAAUCAAACAUCGCAGGCUGUAGUAUAUUACCAGCGAGUUCAGCUGCAGCUGCCCAGAAGAAUACCGAUGAGGGAUACGUCGAGCCUCGUCUAUGCAUCGGACGAAGCCCGGCAGCGCGCAGUCGAGAAGGCCGAGAAAGUAGAGUCGGAGCUGACGGCGGGGACUGAUCAGAGCCACCCGACCUUCGUGAAAUCGAUGCUUCCCUCCCAUGUCAGCGGGGGGUUUUGGCUGGGACUUUCCUCGAAUGUCUGCAAGAAGAUACUCCCCAAGAACGACGGCUUGGUCACUCUGGCAGACGAGCAAGGAGACGAGUGGUCAGUGGUAUAUCUUGCUCGGAAAAAUGGGCUCAGCGGCGGCUGGAAGAAGUUUGCAGUUGAUCACAAAUUGGCAGACGGCGACGCCCUGGUUUUCCAGCUGAUUCGACCCGCCUUCUUCAAGGUGUUCAUUACAAGGGUUGGCUGAUCAUAGCCGCGGAGAACAGUGUUGGAAGACACCCACGACGGUGCUUCAAAAUGUGUUUUUUCACGACAAAAUUGAUUCGGAAAAGUCUCAUUAUGUAAUGCUCCGAAAUUUGGAAAAGAAUUCAAGAAAAUCGAUAAAAGCCAGGCUACUUUACU